UUCGCCGCCGUUUGUUGUUCAUCCUCCUCUUCGCCGCUGCGUUUUCUCUCAAAAUCUCAAUCCUUAUAGUUCUGAAAGAAGGAUGGUGACCGAGGAAGAGAAGAUAUUCGCAAAGAAUUUCAACAUCGAGGAUCUCUCCGACGUCCCUUCCGGUCUUCCUCCUCAUCUGAAAGUCAAGCAAAAUCGUGUCCUCUCCAAAAAUGAUGCUCCUAUUGAUACUCAGGAUACCAUUUACAUGGGUGGCGAUAUCUCUGUGGGAGUGGACGAAAGUGUGAAACUAAAAAACUUCUAUGAGGAUUUCAAAGUUGAUGUGAUUAGCUGCACAGAGACAGACAUGGAGUUUGAUAUGAUUGGUAUAGAUGCAGCAUUUGCCAAUGCAUUUAGAAGGAUCCUUAUAGCUGAGGUUCCUACAAUGGCUAUUGAAAAGGUCCUUAUAGCAUACAACACAUCGGUUAUUAUAGACGAAGUUCUUGCUCACAGGAUUGGUCUUAUUCCGAUUGCUGUGGAUCCGAGACUCUUUGAAUAUUUAUCCGAGAAUGAUCAGCCGAAUGAAAAGAACACCAUUGUUUUCAAACUCCAUGUGAAAUGUCCAAAAGGUGCACCACGUCUUAGAGUUUUGACGAACGAAUUGAUAUGGUUACCAAAUGGAAGUGAGUUUCUCAAAGAAUCAGGAGGUUCAAACUCAAAGCCAAAGACUUACACUUCAUUCAGCUGUAGCCAAGAUUCCUUACCUGAGUUUGCGAAUAAUCCUAUCGCUCCGAGCCACCUCGAUAUCUUGAUAGCAAAACUCAGCCCUGGUCAGGAAAUCGAGCUUGAAGCUCAUGCGAUUAAAGGCAUUGGUAAAACACAUGCAAAAUGGUCCCCAGUAGGGACGGCUUGGUAUCGAAUGCUUCCUGAGGUGGUUCUACUAGGGGAAGUUGAGAAUGAGCAAGCUGAACAACUCGUAAAAGCCUGCCCACAGAAUGUUUUUGACAUUGAAGACAUGGGCAAUGGUAGGAAAAGGGCAACGGUAGCACAGCCUCGUAAUUGCACUUUGUGUAGCGAAUGCAUUAGAGACACUGGUUUGGAAGACCUGGUGGAUCUGCGCAGUGUCAAGAACCAUUUUAUAUUUAAAAUUGAGUCCACUGGAUCACUGCCUCCAGAUGUUCUCUUCACUGAAGCUGUGAAGAUAAUGGAAGACAAAUGUGAACGUGUAAUCGGUGAUCUCUCCUGAAAAGUGUUUGAUUGAUUGGUUUAGCUCUACUGGCAUGGUUCCGGUUUAGUUCAAUUUUGUGUUUUGUACCAAAGAUUCUCCUUAUUAAUAUGAAAACGUUGAAAUUAUUUAA